UGCGGCAAAAGUAUUCAACGUCAACUUAGUACUUAAAAACCAAUCUGGUCAAAACUGUUAUGUAGCAGUAGUCAGUAGAACAAAGGACUUGCAAUUCAUGUUUUGUCCGACGGAAAAUAAAUAAUCAUGAAGAAAGCUGUAUUAUUUAAAAGUGUGUCAGAGGAUUAUAAGAAAGUGUUUAGUGAUAAUAAUUAUGAGGCGAUUUUCGUAGAACCUCUGCAAUUUGAAUUUAUGAAUUUACAGGAAUUGAGUGAAAAAUUGCUAAGGAAUGAUUAUAAUGGUAUCAUUCUCACAAGCCCUAGAGCUAUAGAAGCCGUUUCUAAAUGCUGGUCCCCUUCAAAAUUUGUAAUUUGGAAUACCAAGAGAAUAUAUACAGUUGGCGAGGCUAGCAAUCAAAAAAUUAAACUAUUACUCGGCCUAGAAGCCUUUGGCAGUCAGACUGGGAAUGCAGAAACCUUAGCAACACUCAUAUCAAGUGAAAACAGUGCAAAUUCAAACUUUUUAUUUCCUUGUGGGAAUUUAAGAUCAGAAAUUUUACCAAACAUAUUGCAGUCCAAGGACAUAACAGUUGAUGCGCUAACAGUUUACGAGACUAAGGAAAAUGACAAUUUAAGGGCAAAUUUAAUGGAACUAAAUAAUACAGUGAAUCCCUGUUGUAUGGUGUUUUUCAGUCCAUCUGGUUGUGAAUAUAUUUACCGGCAGCUACAGACAUUUAAUAAUAAUCUCUCGAUUUUACCACACUUUGCUAUAGGUAACUCUACUGCACACAAAAUUGAAAAUCUAGGUGUUGAAAUAGCUGGUGUGGCCACAAAACCAAAACCAGAAAGUAUGAUUGAAUCUGUCAAACAGUAUUUUAAAACCACAGAAACAUGUAGCUAGCCAUAGCCAUGACAAACAAAAAUUGUACAUGUAAUGGUGUUGGUUCAUUGUAUAUAAAUAUUGAAUAUAUGUUAUAUAAUACUCGAAUAUAGUACAAGAGUGUAUACUGUUUAUUUACAUAUAUUAUAUUGUUAUUAUUUUGUACAAAAUUUUUUUGUAAAAUAAAAUAAAGCUAUGAGUAAAAAAUAA